AUCUGCCAGAAACACCGCAUAAUGACUACCAUUUUGCGGAUCCUUGGCUUCGCCGUAGUGGCUCAGUGGAGCUCUGCAUUUGCCGAGAAAGGGGCGCUUGUAUACCCCCGACUCCUAGAAAGCCGGGGAUUAAACGGAGAGAGAAUUUUGAAAAUAAAUGAGGAUAUUACCCUCAACCUUGAAAGGACGUCUGUGUUUCCUGAAAAACUGGUGAUAAGGACACACGAAGAUGGAUCGUUGGUCAAUAAUUAUGUCGAUGGCUCCGAGCAUAAUAAACACCUGUACCACGAUACAAAACAAAUGGCGGCAGUCAUCCUAAAAGACGAGGAUGGAGUGAAUGUGGAAGGCCUGCUACGCCACGACUUGCGAAUCCAACCUAUGCCAGAUUUGGAGCGUUCAUUGGAAGGUCACGUGGCCCAUAUGCUGUUCCCUGUAAAGCAAAGAACGCCCUACAGCGGAGAUCACGGGCACCCACCAGAUGAACUAAAUAACGUUCCUCAGGACAAUUCAACAUAUAAGGUUUUCGCAGAACAAAGAGACAGUGGAACUAUAUUUCCGGAAGUGCACGUGGUGCUUGAUGCAACAACAUGCGCAGCUUACAACUAUGACAAGAAAGAAAUUAUCAACUAUCUAUCUGUAAUGGCAACGGCGGCAAACCUAAGAUAUAAAAGUGUCACUAAUCCAUCUGUAAAAUUAACUAUUGUGGCCGUUACACUUCUUCGGGAAAACGCGCAGCCAUUUUUGAAAUUUUACAAGCAAAGCAGAGAUAUGGUCACAUUUCAGGAUACAUUAACGGAAUUUUACACCUAUUACCAAAAGGAUCCAGAGUUCAAUAAUGCCGAUAUUUAUUUUCUGCUCACAGGGCUUGAUAUUGUUGGGGUAGCGACGGACGGAACCUUAAUGAGACAAUUCAGCGGGUAUGCCUAUUUAAGCAAAGUCUGCACCGUAUUUAAAGUGGGAAUGUCCGAAGAUGAACCCAGGUCCUACGACGGUGUGCACCUCUUCAGCCACGAAAUUGCCCAUUUGCUAGGGUGCGCUCACGACGAGGACCCCCCGGAUGGCACAAUGCCAGGACAUCCGGGAUCCCAGAAGUGCCCCUGGGACGACGGUUACAUCAUGAGCUACGUCAUAAACUUCAAAAACCACUUCAAAUUUUCUCCCUGCUGCGUAGAAUCAAUUCGAUUCGUCGCAAAAGAGCGGGACUGCCUCUACAAACUCAAUGCCAAGAAUCCUGUAAAAAACCUAAUAUCUCUACCCGGAUUUAGGAUAUCGCCAACAAGUUUCUGUCAAUUCAUGCAUCCGCUUUACCGCGGUGUCCAUAGCGAUAAGAAAGCAGGUCUGUCCGAUUGCGUACAGACGUGUAGAACGGCCAAAAAUCGACGAGGAGGCUAUCAUUCAUGGACUCACGCGGCGCUUGACGGGGUUCCUUGCGACAAGAGAGACCCCAAGAAGGCCUGCAUAAACGGGAAAUGCACCCUUCUUAAGAGCAUGCCGGAGAGAACGUACAGGGAAUGAUCGGCCCUCAGUGUAGACUAACCAUGAAUAUCAAUAAAUGUCUCCCAUAAUGCUUACUGCAUAAAAAAAACA